AACUGAAGAGGAGGGAUUUCCCGAGAAGCCGUGUUGGGGGGUGAGAACCGAGUACUCCCUGCUUGAGAUCAAAGCUCCCCUCUUCCGCUUUCAGUCUAGCUUUUGAUAGACAACUCUGUGAAAAGCUUGGCGGGCAGAAGUUAAGGCAUGGCUCAGCCCAAGCCACUCUUCAUCCCCUGGUUGAAGGCCAGGAUCGACAGCGGGCUGUUCCCCGGGGUAGACUGGACCGACCCGGGCAGGACUGAGUUCUCCGUCCCCUGGAAGCACGCCCUCAGGCAGGACUCCUCCAGCAUUGACAUCCUCAUAUUCAAGGCCUGGGCGGAGGUGAGUGGCAACGGCCAGGCCCAAGGGGACCCCUCCGUCUGGAAGAGGAACUUCCGCAGCACCCUUCGGGCCAAGAAGUUCGUCAUGGUAACAAACAACAGCAAGGAAAACGCCAACCCCAUCAAGGUGUUCCGCUGGCCAAAGCAAAGCUCCUCCCCCUCCACAGCAUCGCCCCCGGUGGAGUCCCAGGAAGAGGAGGAGCUCUCCACGCCGGUCCAGGAAGAGAACCAACAGGACCCGUUCAUCUUUCUAGAUCAGAACGUUGAAACCAUCUUGCUCCAAGAAGACAUCUAUCUAGCCUCCACCAUUAACGACGACGACCUCGAGGACUGCCUGAUGGCCCUCAACAUCCACCCUUCAGGGCUAACCCGACCCCUGACCUCAGUAGGCACCGCUGCCAUGCCGGAGGAGCUUCCCCAGGCCGUUGAAGACCUUGCUUGUGCCGGCUGGCGGGCGCCACAGCUGUCCCCCAUGGCGACGGGCGGAGAGGCUGCUGCUGAGGGGCAUCCGACCACGGCGGUGGCGCCCGUGGGGGCGGGGGGAGAGGGGCAGCAGCAGCCCGUGGCGGAGCAGUUCAUGCAGUCUCUGUCCCAGACCUGGGUGGACGACGCCUUCAAGACACAGUUCAGGGUGUCAGUGUUCUACAGAGGGGUGAAGGUUUCUGAGAAUCUGGUGGAUAACGAAGCUGGUUUCAGACUUGUCUACAGCCCGGAGAUGAGGAUGGGGGAGGUGGACCACCAGUCAGGCCUGACCCUGAUGACCCUGCCAACACCCCCCGUGACCUUCGACUCGGUGCAGAACCGUCUCACCCAGCAGGUGCUGGACAGUCUGGGGGCGGGGGUAGACGUGGGCGUGUCGGGCCCCGUGGUGUACAGCCAUCGCCGUGGAAACGCCAGAGCGUUCUGGAGCCGCUGUAAGUUCGACCGCAGCCGAGAGCCGCAGCAGGUGGCCAAGAUGGAGCCCCAGGCCCUCUUCCGGUUCCAAGACUUUGUGGGAGGGAUACAGGAAUUCAUCGCGGGGGGGAAAUGUCCGUCCUGCUGUCUGUACAUCUGUCUGGGGGAAGAGUGGCCGGACAGAAGGCCCUGGGAAAAGAAGCUUGUGAUGGUGGAGGUGGUCUUCACGUCUCUGGAGUUCCUGAGGAUGAUGGCGGAGGAUGGGGGCGCCUCCUCCCUGCAGUCAGUGGAACUGCAGAUGUCUCUGACGGAGAUGAUGGAAGUGGAAUAGGUCAGCGAGAGGCCUCAGACCUCAUGGGAAAAGUAGUCAUUAAAUGGAGUCCUAAGUUCUUGGAGGGGGCGUCUUUAUCAUGUUUACAUCUAUUUUUAUCAUUUUUACAAAGGAUAUUUAUUUUAUUGUUUAACGGUUCUUAUUGUUAUUGAUGCAAUCAUUAUUCAGUAGCCAUGAACAUAAUACAAUGUUAUCCAUCGAUUAUUUGAAUACCUUCAAUGUUUUUGAUUAUAAGAUGGUGCUUUUAAUUGAUUCUCUUUGAUUGGCUGUAGAGACUGUCCAGUUGUAGUUUACAUGUGUAUUAAAACCAUUACACACAUAUUAAA